AUGGCCUACGAUCGGCACGUUGCUAUCUGCCAGCCCCUGCUUUACGUGACCAUCAUCUCCAGACGCGUCUGCUGGCAGCUGGUAGCAUCAUCCUAUGCAUUUGCCUUCCUCAGUGCCAUCAUCUGCACAUGGUGCACGUUUGGAGGUUCCUUCUGUGGUCCCAACCGCAUUGACCACUUCUUCUGUGACGUUGUUCCUGUGCUAAAGCUCGUGUGCUCUGACACACACAGCAGUGAGAUGGUCAUCUUUGCCUUCGUCACCAUCAACGUAGUGGGUACGAGCGUUAUCAUUUUGCUCUCCUACAUCUCUAUCAUCCGCAACGUGCUGAGGGUGUGCUCAGCACAGAGCAGGGCCAGAGCCUUCCAUACCUGCACCUCCCAUUUGAUGGCUGUUGCCUUGUUAUAUGGGUCAGCAUUCUUCAUGUACCUACAACCUCCAUCUAGCCACAGGAGCCUGGAUAAGGUGGCUUCCAUCCUCUAUGCUGUGGUCAACCCCAUGCUUAACCCAUUUAUCUACAGCCUGAGGAAUAAGGAGGUGAAGGAGGCUCUGAUCAAGUGCAGGAGAAGGUUCUUCAACCACUGGCAACACAGAAGAGUUGUAUUAUCCAGGACAUGA